AUGUCGGACCGGCCCUUCCGUCCUUCCAGCACCCAUCUGGAGCCUCCCCCGAAGGGGGUCGAGCUGGAGGACCCCGGCGCCUCGUCUGGAAGUGAGGAUGAGCAUUUUUCCGACGCCAGUGAGGGCCAUCGGGACUCCCAUUCCCGCUCAGCGUCCCCUGUUCCCCGGACUCGCGUGGAAAAGGUCGACGAUCAGCCCCGCUACGGGGAGGUCCCUGGGACGCCCGCAUACGAGAAGAGAGAGCAGGAUGCAGUCCCAGAUGAGAUUGAAAUAGUCCCUGAAGGCUCACAGAGCAAAAGACUGUCGGGGAUAGAAGAUCCUGUGACUCCAGGAGGGACUCCCAUUCCGCGAACCGUUCUCGAGAAGGUCGAUCCAAGUUCACCCAGCUAUGGGGAGGUUCCCGGCACAGAAGCAUAUCAAUUGCGGCAAGCAGAUACCGUUCCUGAUAUCGUACUGAAGGCGUCUCAAGCCGGCGAGCAAUCCGCGUCACAGGACCCUGCGGCUCCUGUGGCGCCAGCGCACGCUGUUCCCGAGACCCUACUAACCCGUGUCGACACUCUUCCCAACCAAGAUCCAACAUCACCGCGGCUACGCGCUCACCGCAGGAGCCCCAGUGACGCUAUACCAGACGCAACGGAGACUAUUCAUGACACACCUGUUGAUCAUCUUGCUAACGACUUUAAUGAUGAUGAAGGAGAUGAUGACGCCUUUGGAAGUGAUUUUGAUGAAUUUGAGGAAGGUGGACAGGUUGCUGCAGACGAUGAUUUCGGCGAUUUUGACGAGCCCUUUGAAGGUCCCGGCGGGGAGGUUACUGGAGAUAUGGAUACCAAAGAGCCUCUCACCCCACCCUCUCUUCAACCCCUGGCCGACUUUAACAGUAUUACGUCCUUAUCUGAUUUGAUGACCGCUACCAACGAUUCUCUUGAUACACUAUUCCCGGACACCAAGGACCUCGCGUCUCUUCCCCCCGUAGAACCUAUUCCUGAUUCCUCUGCUAUCUUCACCAGCGAGCGUUCCCUGUCUUUAUGGUCCCAGCUGGUUGCACCACCUCCCUUGCAGCCCCCGAACUGGGUAAAAUCUCGGAUCCGGAGGCUCUUUUUGGUUUCUCUGGGGGUCCCUGUCGAUUUGGACGAGAUCUUGCCGGCGUCAAAGCAGAAGAAGCUGAUUCUGCCAUCAAUCGAUCUUGAUGGAUCGGGGGCGCCUUCAGAUCCGUCUCAAUCCCUGAACAAACCGAAAAAGGAUGAGAAGGACGAUCCUCAAAAUGCAUCUUCGACUUCGGCCAACUCGACGGGUUCUGGUUCACGACAGAAAUCCAGUCGCCGUCGAGGACCCCCUCCGCCGCCUGAGCUGGACCUUUCUGCAGUGCGGCGGUUGUGCGCGACCACUGAUGCAGCCUUGGAUGGUCUCACUGACAGCGAGCUGAAGGCUCACGUCAAGGCACUGGAGGAUGCCACCGCACGGGCCAGUGAGGUGCUGGAGUACUGGCUCAAGAGACGCGAUGGACUUAUUAGCGAGAAGGAAGCAUUCGAAGGGGUUAUUGAAAACCUGGUCAACCACGCCCGGCGCGUUCGGAAGUGA